AUGUGCGUUUUAAUCUUUGUGCUUUUCGCGUUGGCUCUUGCCGAAGAAUCAAGUUCAAACACUAACCACGUGGCUAAAGACCCCAAAGAAGACGAAAAGCAAAUUGCUAUCAUCGUCGCUGCACUCUUUGUUGGCUUUUUGAUAGUGUGUGCUCUUCUUUUAACAGUGGUUGUCAUUAUCAGAAAAAUCCUCAAUAGUAAACGCGACAAAAUUGAUAAUAAAAUCGACGAAGAAGAAAUGCAGUCACCACCACAGAACAAUGACCAAAACACUGAAAAACAAGAAGUCGAAGUCAAAGUUGAUUCUCCAACAAAUAACACCGAAAAGUCACCUGAAAAGUCCUCUUCUAGUGAAUCAAACUGA